UCAUCAUGCUCGCGCUCCGCAAGUCGCUCGCCCGGUCUUUUGCGUCGUCGCCGAUUCUCACGCCCGUCUCGAUCGAGUCGACGCGCAUGUCGUACGCGGACAUCAUUGACGACGAUGGCGGCGCGCGCGGCCGGUGGCUCAACCACGGCCCGAUCCUCGAGCGCAUGGACGUGCUCGGCUUCGCGAUCUCGGCCAAGCUCACGAAGGGCCCCGCGGCGACAAUCAGCCUCGACCAGGUCCGGUCGCACCGCCCGGUCUUCUAUGGCGACCUCUUCCGCCUUGAAGGACAAGUGCUCAACGCGAGCCGGUCGGCGACCUCGAUCCAGAUCACGGGGUACCGUGUCGACGUCUUGACGGGCGACAUCCAACACACGCACGACGCCAUCAUUACGCUCGUGGCCAUCGAUGGCCAGGGCCGCCCGCGGCCGUCGCUGCCGCCGAUGACGUCCGAGGUCGACCCGACCAUGAUGGACGAUCGGGCGGAGAAGGCGCAGCAGCGCAAGGAGCUUGCGGCCCGCUGGAAUGCGGUGCAGGAAGACGUCGACGCACUGCCGCAGGUCACCGCCGACAUGCUUCAAGAAUUCGAGCUGAGCAAGUACCGGCAGUCGUUCGUGCCCGUGCGGGACACGCUCGUCGAGGUCCAAAACUGGUUCAUGCCCAAGCACCUCAACAACAACAACACGAUCUUUGGGGGCGACCUUCUCCAGUGGAUGGACAAGGUCGCGGCGUUCUGUGCCAAGAAAUUUUGCAAGAGCGUCAACAUGGCGACCGUGUCGGUGAACCGCAUUAGCUUCAAGUCGCCCGUGACCACCGAGGACAUUGUGUCGAUGCGCGCGCACGUUGUGAGCGUUCGCCGCCACACGCUCGAGGUCGAAGUCGAGGUGUUUGUCGAGCGCAUGGGGUCGGGCGAGAAGAAGAAGUCGCACUCGGGUUACUUUACGUGCGUCAACCUCGACGCUGCGCAGCGUCCGGCGUUCAUCAAGACGGGUCUCGCGGUCGAUGAAGCCGACCAGGAUGGCAUGCGCUACCUUUUGAAGGCGCAGAAGCGCUGGGAAUUCGACUUGGAAGGCCAGCACUUGCACCAAUUCCCGCCCAUUCCGCUCUCCAACAAUCAGUUUCCCGUCCCGUUCUCGACCCGGCAGCAAGACAAGAUGAGCAUCAAGAUUUAGACAACAUACAUAACCCAGAAUAGAGAUAGACCACGAGAAGACUCGCUACAAAAAUGACCAGGGAGCUUCAACCCUACUUUUAUGGC